GGAUGAAAUUAUUUUUGAACAUGAUACUUUACAACAAACAAUCAUUGAACUAAAAGAUAAACGAAAUGAUCAUUAUCGUUUAAUAGAACAAGUUAAUGAAUGGGAAAGAGAUUCAAUUAUGAAAAUUCAAAGAACAGCAACAGAUAUACGAGAAGAUAUUGAAAAAUUGAUUGCUCUUCAAAAUGGUAAUAUAUGUAUAUAG